AUGCUUCGCACAACCUUUGCCAAGACGGCCGCCCUCCGUCCCAUCCGCACCGCCGCCUUUUCCACCACCGCCCGCGCCAUGGCCCAAGGUGACACCGGCGCUCCCCCCCGUACCGGCGGCCAAGGCGACGCCUUUCAGCGCCGCGAGCGCGCCUCCGAGGACUACGCCAUCCGCCAGCGCGAGAAGGAGAAGCUCCUCGAGCUCAAGCAGAGACUCGCCGAGCAGCAGGAGCACCUCCAGCGCCUGUCCGAGCACAUUGACGAGAUUACCAAGGACCAGGGUGGCGAGAAGAACUAA